UUUUUCCUCAUUUUCAUCUUCUCCUUCUUUUGGUCCCUCUUUCAAUUCCUAAAACUUGAACACAACAUUCACUCCCUAUUUUAUUUCGCUGAAAAGGGGGAAAAAGAGAAACUUUAAGAGAAGUAGUGGGUGUUUAUUGUUUAAGAAUGGAGGGACUGCCCACUGGUUAUCGCCCCAACGUUGGUGUUUGUCUAGUCAACUCUGAUAAUCAGGUUUUUGUAGCUUCCAGACUGAAUGUUCCAGGAGCCUGGCAGAUGCCUCAGGGGGGUAUUGAAGAUGGAGAGGAACCAAGAUCUGCAGCUAUCAGGGAAUUGCUAGAAGAAACGGGUGUUGUAUCUGCCGAAAUCAUUGCUGAGGUUCCUAAUUGGUUAACAUAUGAUUUUCCUCCGGCCGUGAAGGCGAAAGUGAAUCGACUCUGGGGAGGCGAAUGGCAUGGCCAGGCACAGAAAUGGUUUCUUAUGAGAUUAACAAAAGAUGAGAGUGAGAUCAACUUAGCAACGGGCGAGGCCGACCCGGAAUUCACGGAGUGGAAGUGGACAAUCCCUGAAGAGGUCGUUGAGCAGGCUGUGGACUAUAAGAGGCCGACGUAUGAAGAAGUUAUGAAGACCUUCGGGCCUUAUCUAAGCGACCAUAGCAAAGCCGGUAAAUGUAAAUAGACAAAAUGGUGAACGCUGUGCCGUGUUUCUUGCUUGUAAGAUUGAAUCCAUCUUCGCCCUCUCUCUCUCUCUCUCUCUGUAAGUGGACAUGGCACGUUAGAACUUUUUAUGAGGCUUACAUUGUUGUUUCAUUGUAAUAACAUGUUUGUGCGAACCAUAUAUGAUGGUCCCGGGCUUUCUC